AUGGAAAUAAAAUCGAAAUAUUUUCAAUCAAAUAUGAAGACAAUGGAUGAAUGUAUUUUAUCUUAUUUAAAUCAAUUAGAACCUCCAAUCGAUAUUGAAUUACCAGGAAAAAAUAUUCAAUGGUUAUAUCCUCUAAAAAAUCCUGAAACAUGUCGAUGUGUGAAAGAUUUCUAUUCAAAAUAUUAUUCAGAUACAAAUGAACGUAUUCUAGUACUUGGUAUUAAUCCUGGUCGAUUUGGUAGUGGUAUUACAGGUGUUCCAUUAACUGAUCCAAUACGAUUAAAAACAGUCUGUAAUAUUGAUUCAAAUUUUCCUUUAAAACCAGAAUUAUCAUCACAAUUUAUCUAUGAUUAUUUCUUUAAUCAAUAUUCUAUGAAUGAUUUUUAUAAAAAAUUUUUUAUUGGUGCUGUUUGUCCACUUGGUCUUGAAUGUAAUGGACGAAAUAUGAAUUAUUAUGAUAAUAAAACUUUUAUGAAUAAUUUACUUGAAUAUUUUAUACCAGAUAAUAUUGAAAAACAAAUUAAUCUUGGUUGUUCAAAAAAAGUAGCCAUAUGUCUUGGUGAAGGAACCAAUUAUUCAAUAUUAAAUAAAUUAAAUGAAAAAUAUCAUUUUUUUGAAAAAAUUCUCAAAGUUUCACAUCCAAGAUAUAUUAUGCAAUAUAAACGACAAUCAAUUAAUGAUUAUAUACAACAAUAUAUUGAUGCAUGUCAAUUAGCAGAAAAAAUUGUUUCAAAAUAG